GUUAACUUUCCCGUUUGACGGAGGCCUUGACGGCUCUUAGUAUAUAGUACAUGCACCCGGUGAUGGCGUCAGUCCUCUCUAACACACCACCACUGCCAGCAUGAUGAAAGGUCUCUUCCCGAUCGCCCUCAUUGUGGCCACCACCCUCGCUGACGUAAGCGGCUCUGUUCUCGUCGCCACGGGUCUGAGCGCGGCGGGUUUGGCUGCCGGAGGUUUGGCUGUUGGUGCCUUGGCUGUUGGCGCAAAGCUUCUGGUUCUUAAGGCCAAAAGGCGCCGUCACGGCCGCGAGGCUGCCCCAUCUUGUGUUUCCUUCGACAACCCAGAAAUGUACUUCGCUCUGGCAGCCAACGGUGACUUUCUGGAUUGUGGGCGCCGCUUCGUUUGUGAGCUAGAGGCGACGCCUGACGAGAACCUUGCCCAGGAGGAACGACUCAUCCGUAACCUUUUCGGACAAGACUCCGUCGCCGUCAACAGCAGCGCUGCUGAAUUUUACGCCGAGGCCGGCAGGCUUGGAGCCGUCGAGGGCAUGGAUGCUUGCGCUGCCACCUUCUCUAGGUGCCCCUUCGAUCGCAAGACCAUCUUUCUGGAAUUCAAGGAGGCUCAGGCAGCCCAGUGAGGCUGUGUGGGUGGGUGUGUAGUUGUCUUACGAGGAUGAGUGACAGCCGCGGUGUAGGGCUGCACGCAGACCCCGAGGACUGGUAGUGCGGCAGCUGCGGCCGUGGCCUUCACUCCUUCUCUCUCCUCUCCUCUCCUCUCCCCUCCCCUCCCCUCCCCUCCCCUCUCC